GGACGAAAACAGUAGGUCAUCAAAGCUGUUAUUCAUUCAUAGAUCAAGAAAACCACCACUUCAAUCUUACGCCAUUUCAAAUUUCCCCCUACAACUUCAUCAUCCCACAAUCGUUUUUCUCUAUAAUCAUCUCCACAGUUUUCAAGUUUGGAUAUCGGCUUUUUGACAAUGGCAAGUAAUGCUUCAAAUGGAGAACAUAAAGCAACAAAACCACCUCCAACCCCAUCUCCUCUGCGCAAUUCCAAAUUCUUUCAGUCAAAUAUGAGGAUCUUGGUUACUGGUGGUGCUGGAUUUAUUGGCUCUCACCUAGUGGAUAGACUGAUGGAAAAUGAAAAGAAUGAGGUGAUUGUUGCUGAUAAUUAUUUCACUGGCUCGAAGGACAAUCUCAGAAAGUGGAUUGGCCAUCCAAGAUUUGAGCUUAUUCGCCAUGAUGUCACAGAGCCAUUACUAGUUGAGGUUGAUCAGAUAUACCAUCUUGCAUGCCCUGCUUCGCCUAUUUUUUAUAAGCACAAUCCUGUAAAGACAAUAAAGACGAAUGUGAUUGGCACGCUAAAUAUGCUUGGUCUUGCCAAACGAGUUGGAGCAAGGAUUUUGCUUACCUCAACCUCCGAGGUGUAUGGUGAUCCUCUUGUGCAUCCCCAACCAGAGAGCUACUGGGGUAAUGUCAACCCAAUUGGAGUUCGGAGUUGCUAUGACGAAGGAAAACGUGUGGCAGAGACUUUGAUGUUUGAUUAUCACAGGCAGCAUGGGAUAGAAAUAAGAAUUGCUCGGAUUUUCAACACCUAUGGACCCCGAAUGAAUAUUGACGAUGGGCGUGUUGUGAGUAAUUUUAUAGCUCAAGCACUUCGUGAUGAACCUUUGACCGUUCAGGCCCCUGGAACCCAGACUCGCAGUUUCUGCUAUGUCUCGGAUAUGGUUGAUGGGCUUAUUCGGCUGAUGGAAGGGGAGAAUACUGGACCAAUCAAUAUUGGUAAUCCAGGUGAAUUUACAAUGAUUGAACUUGCUGAGACAGUGAAGGAGCUAAUCAAUCCAAAGAUAGAGAUUAAGAUGGUAGAAAACACACCUGAUGAUCCAAGACAGAGAAAGCCAGACAUCACGAAUGCAAAUAAGCUGCUUGGAUGGGAACCAAAGAUCAAACUGCGCGAUGGGCUUCCCCUGAUGGAAGCAGAUUUUCGUCUAAGGCUCGGUGUUGCCAAGAAGCAGCUGUAAUCAAUGAAAGAGGCACAAGUGAUGUUAUGGUUUUUUUUCCCACCGAUUGUUUGUGUGUUUCCAUUCCCAUACAAGUGAAAAAUAAAUGGGGCUGAGUCUUUACUACAGCUUUUUUGAAUUUCUAUUAUUGCUGUGUUUUGAGGACUAGCAUUCUUUUUUGCAACUUUCACGUGUAAUUUUGGCAUGUGUUUGUUUUGUUCUUUUCAAUCUCUACUGGUUUUGGUCCAAUCUAUUUACAAAUUACUAA